AUGGCCUUUGCAAUCAAAGAGACAGCGACACACCUCAUCUCCAUCUCCAAACUCCUAGUCCUGUCCUACAUCAUCGACUGGAUCUUCAUAAUCGGCAUCGCCCUAAUCGGCUAUGGUUUCUUCAAACAACCAACAAAUCACCACCCCUUCAGCCUAACAGACCCGACAAUCAGCUACCCACACACCCAAGAGACAGUGACAACCAAAACCCUCCUCCUCGUCUGCCUCUUCGCCCCAGCAGUCCUGAUCUUCCUCGGCGCAUGGCUGCUUAUCCCCGCAACAGCCACCGCAUCCACUCAAUCGCCAUCUACUGUUCCCAAACCCCCUGCAGCGAAAUACAUUCGCCGCAAAUUCUGGGAAUGGAACGCCGGCUGGAUGGGGCUUGGGCUGGCGCUGGCCGGUUCCUGGGCUGCCACACAGGGCCUGAAGGUGUUGGUUGGAAAACCGCGGCCUGAUCUGCUGGCGCGGUGUGACCCGGAUCUUGCGCGAAUUGCAGAGUUCACGGUCGGCGGCCUUGGGGAUAGAGUGCGUGGUGGUGCGACAUUGGUUUCGUGGGAGAUCUGUCGUACGACGUCGAAGUCAUUGAGCAGAGAUGGGUUUGCUAGUUUCCCUAGUGGCCAUGCUUCUUUCUCCUUCGCCGGCCUGAUCUACCUAACGCUCUGGCUCUGCUCCAAAUUCUCCGUCGCAUUUCCAUAUUUACCACCCUACCCAGUCGAAGACCAGACCCACACAGACGACCGCUCCUCCGUGCGGAGUCGGGGCGCCGCCCCGCCGGUGUACCUGAUGCUGAUCGUGUUCGUGCCGACUGCGACGGCAUGCUUCAUCGCCGCGUCACGCUGGUUCGACUUCCGACACCACGGCUUCGACAUCCUCUUCGGCUCGGCGAUGGGGAUCUUCUUCGCUUAUAUCGGUUUCAACAUGUACCACCUCCCGAUCCGGCGCGGCGCAGGCUGGGCUUGGGGUGCGCGCAGUCCUAGACGCGCGUUCCUCCGCGGUGUUGGAUUCCCCAGUUCGCUGGGGACGGAUAGCUGGGCGUUCGAUACGCGGCGCGGUUUUGAUCUUGAGAAUGCGGCGAUGCAUGGGCCGUAUGGAGGGGAACAUGUUAAGCCGGAGAGCAGUGAUGGUCGACAAGGUAGACUUCAGGUGUGA